GAUAGAAGCAGAAGAAAAAGAAUCCAAUUUUGAAAAGCGCUUCUGCGUUGAAGUAUUUGAGGAUCGGAAGCAACUGCAAGUGAAAUUCCAUCGCAAGGUUCUUCCGAAAGAAGCUGUGAGAGGGAGUUCAACUAGAGGAACGCACAGUAUUCGAGUUGAGUGUAUCAUAUAAAUCAAGGACCAAAGAACUCAAAACAGAUUCCAACCCGCACUAUGAAAAACAGCUCUUUGGCCUUUCAGAGACGAAGGCGUGUGGCCAUUGCCUUGGUUCCACCAUUUGUAUCGCUACUUUGUAUGGAUGCGAUUCCGGCAUCAUCAGCAUUUCUACAAUCGACGAAGCAAAUACACCAUUCCUCAUCUUUGCUCUAUUCGUCUUCGCUUAUCCUGAGCAAGGAAUCAGAAAUAUCGCCAAAGACUUGUAACGAUGGUAGCAGUGAUUGUUUGGUAUCGUCGGUAAUCCUUGAUUCGGAAAGCAGCCCAAAAGAACCAGAGCAGCGUCGGUAUGAUCAGAGCAAGCACAGUCACAAUCCAAUAAAUGGUUGGCUGAAAGACCAGGGACUUCCUCGCGGUUUGCGCCAUGCUUUGCUGGACAACAUCCAGGAGGUAUCUAGCAAACGAAUCUGGAUCGUAGACAAUAGCGGAUCGAUGAAGAUGAUGGAUGGACACGAGAAUUUAGAGUCACGUGAUAGAGAUGGCAGAGACGAAUACAAGGAUGUCAACAAAGAAGAUGAUAAGAUUCUUGUACCAAGGAUCGGCGUCGUAAGUAAUGAUUUCGCCGAUGGCGAUAUCUCGCGCUGGACCGAAUUGCGGCAAACCGUCAAUUAUCACGCCACAUUAAACUCUGUCCUAGGAGCUCCGACAGAGUUUCGCUUCCUGAACAAGCCUUCGAAUGGAGGUCCUCGAAAUUUCCGAGUUGGCUACGAGAAUCAACACAUUCACAGACAAAGCAACAACAAUGAAAAUAAAAUCCGAAUCUUUGGUGGUGGAGGGAAAAAUCGUAAUGUUGGCCGCAAGCGCGAUUCGUGGCGAGCCCACAAGAUUAUGAACCGGAAUCAGCCAAAGGGCCAAACUCCACUUCACGAGGCUGUGUUGGACGUUAAGCGAGAUAUAAUCAAGAUGCGCCCGCAACUACUGGCCGACGGUAUGCGCGUCACAUUGGUCAUUUGUACGGAUGGGUGCUCGGAGGACAUGGAGACGGUCCUUGAAUCAUUAAAAGGAUUGCCAGUAAACGUCGUAAUUAGAUUGUGCACUGAUUUUGGGAAUGUCUUGGACUUUUACAACGCCCUAGACGAGCGACAUGACGAUCCUUCGGGAUCCUUUUUGGAUGUUCUCGACGACCACGAGGGCGAGGCCGCCGAGGUUUACAGGCACAAUCCUUGGCUAAACUAUGCCUUGGUUUUGCAUCAGAUGCGCGAGUUGGGACUCCAGGGAAGUAAUGGUCUGCUCGAUGUUCUCGAUCAAAGAGCUCUUUCAAUCGACGAGAUCAGAGAUUUUUGUGCUCUCCUGUUUGGGACCACGGCUGAUUUGCUUCCCGACCCGCUAUGCGACUGGGAGAACUUUGUAACCGAGGUCGAUCAUCUCCAACAACGAGAACAGUGUCACUGGAACCCUUCCCUGGGUGAAGUAACUCCAUGGGUUGAUGUAGAUGAGCUACUGGCCAUGGAAUGACCCUAAUAAAAUCGAAACUCCUUUCUAGUCACCAGGGACUGAGAAUUGGAAAACAUGGAUGUGAUGUAUAUAAGAGCAUCGAAAAUUGAAAUAAUCUCAGAUGCUGCAGUGAUGACGUUAUUAUGAUGAUGGUACUACUCAAGAGUACUGCAAUAUUUUUUCCUUUUUGUAUUGCAAAUUGUCAUGAAUAUUACAAAUUCCUGGAAGAGUAUCCAAUUGAUGAUGCCUGUGAUACAUCAAUGAGUCUGAAACAGUAGUUCCAUGACAACAUGGCACCACGAAACUUUAGAUGCAUUUUAUUAUAAUAACGAGUAAGCGGAGGGAGGUGCCGCCCCUCGGAGCGACUAGAAGCAUGCUUUCCACCAAAAGCUAUGGUUCUGGCCAUGUAGUGCCUCUUCUAGUUCACGAGGUUAAAAUACAAUAUUAAGAUUUUA